ACCUCUUUUAUCAGGGCUUUUGCCCGCGGGGCAGGAAUUUGAGGCUUAGCUCACUUAUGCAGGCACAGACAGGUCUGUCUCGUGAAGGGGAGCAGGUACUGAGAGGGCGAGCGAAAGAGGCAGACAGUGAGACACCGUUAGUAUUAUGCAAAGUUGUGAUUGCUGGAUGCAAAGUUUCUAGCUUGCGGCUGAAGAGGCUGGUGUAUUCAUAUCUGCUUUAUUUCCUGAUCUCUCCGCAAUGGAGACCAUGUCUCCACCAAACACCUGGCCAGAGCAGGAUUUUCAUGAUUUAGAUGGUGUGAUUGACAACGAGGUGGACAUGGACCGUCUGAACAGUAACAUUCCCCAAUGCGGUCGACAGACACAUCAGGUCUUGCAGAGCACCCCUCUGGACCUGAUAGAGACUGGGAAGGCAUUAAAGGUCCAAGCAGAGCGCCCCCACCUGGUCAGCCUGGGCAGUGGCCGUCUCAGCACGGCCAUCACUCUUCUGCCGAUACCUGAAGGCAGGACUACUGUGGGCCAUGGAGCCAUGGACAUCGACAUCCAGGGCCCCGGCGUGGCAGCCCAGCACUGCUACAUCGAGAACCGGGCCGGAGUCAUCACUCUGUACCCCUGUGGGAACCAGUGUGCCAUCGAUGGCCUGCCCGUCACCAAACCUGUCCGACUGUCGCAGGGUUGUAUGUUGUGCUUCGGACAGUCUGCUUUCUUUCGCUUCAACCACCCCGAGGAGGCUUUCAGGAUGAAGAGCAUGAUGCCCGGUUCCAGCACAGGUUCGGCUGGUACCCUUAGAAACCACACAGACUCACGCAGCUUUGUCAAUGGGAACCAUCAAUCAGCACCGAUACACUGUGAGAGACCCCGCCCCCAGCACAGCUCCCUGGUCAGCUCCAUCGAGAAGGACCUGCAGGACAUCAUGGACUCUUUAGUCAUGGAUGAGCCCCAGGCCUCCACCUCCCAGCCCAAGGUGGCCGCUGGCCAGCCUGCCCCUCUGUCGACGCUGUCCCCCAUGAUGAACGGGGGCGGGCGCUACCAGCUGUCCCCGCCCACCAGCCCGGGCGCCAUGUCAGUGGGCUCCAGCUACGAGAACGCCUCCCCGCCCUUCUCCCCGCUCUCAUCGCCCUCGGCGACCAGCAGCGGCAGCUACACCAGCCCCUCCCCCGGAGGCGGCCAGGACGCGGCCCCCGCCCUCCCCCCGGUGCCCGCCAGGUCCUCCAGCUACCACUACACCACCCAGCCCCCCGUGCCCCAGCCCCGCACCCUCCUGCCCAGCAGCUCGGCCGGAGGAGGGGCCCUCAAGGUGCCAGAGAGCCCCAGGCUCCAGAGGAAGGCCCUGCUGGAGGCCCCUAGGAGCCCCACGCUGGGCCGCCGGGGCCCGGGGCAGGACGGCGUGGGGGCGAGGGGCGGAGACGGCCCCAGACAGGCGCACGGGCUGCCCUCGCUCUCGCUGUCGCCGGCCGCAGGAGACGGCGGCUCCUUCGGGAGGGCCGCGGUCCCUGGGAGUCCCCGCGCGGCACGCAAGUUCCCCCCCGCGUCUCCCUCCCCCACCCAGGCCGGUCCCAGGACCAAAGUGAGCGUGGCCGUCCUCCAGGAGCGCCCCCCGAGCCCGUUCCGUGAGCCCGUGGACCGCUCGCUUACCUCCAGCCCGUCCCCCCGCACCCUCCAGCCCCCGCUGGACCCUGUGGUCCACGUCGUCCAGAGCGGGGCCACGCCCCAGCCCCUCCCGCCCGGCCUGCAGCCCCCGGCGAGCCCCCGCCCUGCCCGCAGGGCCCUGGAGACCGGCAGCUUGCUGCCCCCCCCGAGCCCCUCCCUGACCCGCCGUGGGGUGCCUGUGUUGCCCGGGGCGUUGCCGGGGGUCUCACCCGUGCUGCGCACCCCGGAGAGCCCCACAGGACGGCUGGUCCCGGACAGCCCCAGGCUGAGGCGCAGGACGGCCUCCCCCCCGGAGGAGCCUCUGGGGCCGAGGGCGGUGCGGGCCCGUAGCCCCUCCCCCACCGGCCUGCUGAUGGAGGCGGGGUCUGGGCGGAAGGCCAGCUUUGGGAACGCCCUCUCCCCGGCUUACAGCCUGGGCUCCCUGCCUGGCUCCUCCCCUCUGUCCAGCCCCCGGACGCAGCGCAAAAUGUCCGGGGGGGUCAGGGAGCUGAGGGCCCCGCACCCCGGAAUGCGGGAGCGCAAGAACAGCAUCACAGAGAUCAGCGACAACGAGGACGAGCUGCUGGAGUAUCACCGGCGGCAACGGGAGGAGAGGCUCAGAGAGCAGGAGAUGGAGAGACUGGAGCGGCAGAGGCUGGAGACCAUCCUGAACCUGUGUGCGGAGUACAACAAGGGCGACACCCCGGGCCUGGACCCCGGGAGGUAUUUGUUCCCCGGAGCGAGCCCCACGGGCGAAGAGAGCGCCAGGAGGGCGUUGGCGGACGCGGCGGGGGGCGCGGCCCUGCGUGCGCCGCAGAAACAGAGGGAGAGCGACGAGGAAAACCUGAAGGAGGAGUGCAGCAGCACCGAGAGCACGCAGCAGGAGGAUGAAGACUCUGGCAGGGGCGGGAGGCAGGAGCUGGCCUACCUGGAGGAGGAGCGGGUCCGAGUUCUGACUCGCGUGGACGAGCUGAAGUCUCGCAUCACUGAGCUGGAGCAGCAGCUGCAGGAGUCCAAGCAGGAGGCAGAGAUGGAGCGGGCGCUGCUGCAGGGCGAGAGGCGGGCGGAGCUGGAGCAGGUGGAGGCGGAGACCGAGAUCAUCUCACAGCUGCAGCGCAAACUCAGCGAGCUGGAGAGCAGCAUUCAGAGAGAGAAGGACAAGGAGAGGGCAAAUGUUGAUGUGGAACGGGAGGUCCUGGCCCGGCUCCAGGAGGGGUACAGUGAGCUGAAGAGCCAGCUUCACAACUGCCCCGAAUCUCUGCGCGAGCACUUACAAGAGCAGCUGAAGAGGGAAGCGGAGGCCUUGGAGUGCGAGACGAAGCGGUUUGAGGACUUGGAGUUCCAGCAACUGGAGAAAGAGAGUAGCUUAGAGGAGGAGAGAGAGACGAUCAGCCAACAGCUCCUGCAGGAGAGAGCGCAGUACCACACCAGCGUGGCCCAUAGGAAGGAAAAGGUGGCGGCACUUGAGAGCCAAGCCAAUCAACUGGGGCUUCAGGCCACCCAGGAGUGUGAGCGAUUGGCUAAGGACAAGAACCACGCCCUGCAGCUGCUUCAUAAGGAGAAGGAGAGGCUGUCGCUCCUGGAGAAGCGCUACCUCAGCCUCACUGGGGGGAGGGCCUUCCCCAAGAGCGCCAGCACCAUGAAGGAGGAGUAUCUGAAGCUCUCUGAUGUCUAUAAGAUGUAUGGGAACGGUUGCCAUGACACCCAAAUCGCCAGCUCUGCUCAGAACUGCACUCCGCUUGCCGUAGUUCCAGCUCUCCUCAGCGAGGAUUACGUCACCGUCGGCCAAUUAAGCCAGAUCUUCGGGAUGCCGAAGGUUGACUCCUCCCCCACAUCUCCUGUCCAAUCAUUCCAGUCUGUCAUUUCAGACUCUGCCCUCUCCUGCCACACCCCUCCACACGGCUCCUCCCUGUCUCCCUCUGUUGAGCCUGAGAGGAGUAGGCCUCACAUCCCCCCUCUUGAUUUAGAGCGCUGGUACCAGGAGAUAAUGGCAGCUGGGGAGCCCAGUCAGCCCUGUCCCCCCCCUCUCCCAGCUAAGUCUUUCUCUACACGCAGACCAGGGCAGGUGUACCGCUCCAAACUGGACAGUGAUGCCGGGUCGUCUGCAGCGCACCCCAAAGCCAGUGCGGGAUCGUCUCCUCAGUACAGCGCUGCUACAAUGAGCCGUAGCAUGCCUAGCAAGAGCCCCCUGGCCACGCCCAGCCACACUGGCAGCCUGCCACGUAACCUGGCCACCACUCUGCAGGACAUCGAGACCAAGAGACAGCUGGCAUUGCAGCAGAAAGAAUCCAUGCCUUCCACGUCUGAAUCUUCCUCCACCAACGACACUGUCACAGGUCAGCAGGUGAUCGAGGAGCAGAGGAGGCGGCUGGCGGAGCUGAAGCAGAAGGCCGCAGUGGAGGCGCAGUGCCAGUGGGAGGCGCUGCGGGGCUCUCAGACGCAGCUCAACGUCCUUUUCCCGCCCUCUGGGCCUCCUAUGGUGCACCACUCCAUCCUGCACCACCAGCCGCCGCCCGCUGGGGAGCGGCCCUAUGACACACUCAGCCUGGAGAGCUCCGACAGCAUGGACACCAGCGUUUCCACCGGCAACUCGGCCUGUUCCCCUGACAACAUGUCCAGUGCUAGUGGAAUGGAUGCCCUGAAGAUUGAAGAAAUGGAAAAGAUGCUGAAAGAGGCACAGCUGGAGAAGGCCAAACUAAUCGAGAGUCGAGAGAAGGAGACGCAGACACGGAGGCAGCUGCUGGAGGAGGAGCGGAGGAGGCGCGAGGAGGUGGACAAGCGGCUGCAGGACGAGACGGUUCACAGGCAGCAGCUGGUGGAGAAGGAGGUGAAGAUGAGGGCCAGGAACUUCUCACAGGCUCGUCCCAUGACGCGGUACCUGCCCAUCCGCAAGGAGGAGUUUGACCUGCGCUCUCACAUCGAGUCCUCUGGGCACAACGCAGAGACCUGCUACCAGGUGAUCCUCACCGAGAAGAUGUGCAAGGGCUACCUGGUCAAGAUGGGCGGCAAGAUCAAGUCCUGGAAGAAGCGCUGGUUCGUCUUCGACCGCCUCAGGAGGACGUUCUCCUACUACGUGGACAAGCAUGAGACCAAGCUGAAGGGAGUGAUCUACUUCCAGGCCAUUGAGGAGGUGUAUUACGAUCACCUGCGCAGUGCCACGAAGAAAGGAUUUUUCAAUCUCAGUUUGGCCAAUCACAUCUCUGAUCUGCUGCCUCCUCAGUUCCGUAGAGAGAGUCCGAACCCCUCUCUGACCUUCUGCGUGAAAACCCACGACCGGCUGUACUACAUGGUGGCUCCUUCACCCGAGGCCAUGAGGAUAUGGAUGGACGUCAUAGUAACGGGGGCCGAGGGCUACACGCAGUUCAUGAACUGAAGAAGAAAGGAGCGGCUUUUCGAAAAGCUUGAUGACAAACAGAUCCAGCAGGGAGAUGCAGAGUAACCUGAGACCAUUGCGUCGUUACGAGGACCUUAACUCCCAGUUCUGGGAAAAGCCUUUCAUUUGUUACUUGUAUUUGAUUUUAUUUUUUACACAAAUACCUUCAUUUUAGACUUUCUCUUUGCCAUGUUUUCUAUGUGCUUCAGCAUGGAUGAAAAAGGGAGUUCUGGGAGGACAGAAACAAAAUUAUACCAAAAUUCUCGGCUUUGCUGCUUAAAACAAGGCCUUGCUUGUGUUGCCAAUGGAGAGAUUAUUGUUUUUUUUUUUUUGUUUUUUUUGGUAACAGUCCCUUGAUGAAAGGACCCAUUUUUGUGUACUGCUAACUUUAAUGCUAUUGAAGUUUAAUGACACUGAAUUAUUUAAUCUUCAGCUACAGGCCAGUGAAGGCCCGCCAAUCUGAAGUGCUUUUUCACAUACACACUUUACAUGCAAUCCAUGGAAUCUUUUGUGAGGUCUGGGUGGGUAUCAAUGGAAUUGCUAUGUCACAUCUGCAAUCAAGAUUUCUUCUCCAAUAAAUACAAAAAUGGCCGUUUUUACUGGAAAGCCAACUAGCAUAAACAUACCAGUGUAGAUGAUUCCAGGACAAUUUCCACCAAAGAUUUUCUCUGCCAGCUGCUCCAGAGGGGGCCUGUUUCCCUUUUUAUGGUUAUUUUUUAAUUUAAGAAAUGUCUCCAUUGGAAACUGCAGAACGGGAUCCACACUGUGUUUUUCAGCAAAUGUUGCCAACAAAUGAAUUAAAAGGUGCAUAAUCACACACACACUCACUCGCAUGUGCACAUGCACACCCGCAUGCCCACAUGCAUGUGCACUCAAACAAGUAUGAUCAGUGUGCCAAGUUGUGAUAUCUAGACAAUAUGACUUUAUCCCAAAUAUGGAGCAGCCAUUCCAUCACUGCCAGCCUAUAACAAGAGCUACUAAAGACUUAUACUGCAGACACAACAUAACUAACUACAACGAUGCAAUUCAUUCUCUCUUGAAACUAAUAUGUGCCUUCAUAUGUAUUUGUUAUUCCAGGUAUUUGACUUUAAAGCUUGUGGGAAAACUAUCUUAAUCUGUAUGUGUGUGAGAGAGAGUGAAUGUGCGUGCGCGAGUGAGUGUGCGUGCGUGCGCGUGUGUGUGCGCAAUGUGUGUGUGUACAUAAUAUGUAAUUUCAACAUUGUUGAAUGGAGAUUUGCACAAGGCUUGGGGGGUUAAAGCUAUAUUUCACUUUGGUUUAACACAACUAUUAUGUGGUGCUUACCACAUUGUAAUAGCAUAGCGUGAAUAGUGGCAACAUCAGCUGUCCCUGUUAACGUCAAUGGCAGCAACUGUUCCUCCCGGUUUUCCGGUUCCCAGUUCACUCCCCUUCAUUUUUGCGACCUUUUAAUCUUGUUGCUUAGAGGAUAAUAGGUUGAUAAAAAGAGAAUACUAACAUCGAACGGUCUCAGUUUUUAUGAGCUGAGAAGCUGUUUUCAGAUUUAGGUUUGCUAUAAACUGAGAAACUAUUUUCAGAUUGGGUUCUUGGCUACAUAGAAAUACAACCAGUCGUAAUUAAAAAUUUUUUAUAAAUGCAUGCGCCCAUGUGGGUUAAAAUAAAGCUUUUUACGUAUCUUAUUUUUCUUAUAAGGCAAUAAAACGUCGAAAAUACAUCAGAUAUUCAAAAAACCUGGGACCGUUUGAGGUUAGUAGUCUGUUUUAUCGACCUAUUAUCCUCCAUAGUUUGUGUUUUAAAACGAUUAAUUUCGGUGAGGUGAAAAUUAAUGGGAACCAGAUAAUCAGGAGAAACGGCGCUACCGGUAAUGGCUGGGACGGACUUCUAAUCACACUACGCAAAUGGGGUAAGCGCUGCAAAAUUACUUUGUUAUACCUAAGUGCGAUAUCCCUUUAACAGUCUUAUGACUGCUGUUGAAUUACAGUGUAAUAUUGUGGCACUCAGAAAAGAAUAUCUGUGAUUUUGUUAAAAACCCAGGUGUUCAGGCUACUUAAAAGCAAACUAUCUAUCCUACUGUUUGCCGUGAUGCUGUCUGUGAGGUAACCAUGUCCAAGGGAAAGUGCACCCGUGCGCACAGAACACUCUGGACAGGAACUCAAGUGGCCAGGGGUGUGUUUCCUGAUAAAGUUGGAUUUUAGGAUUAAUUAGUGUGUUUACGAGGUUCUUAAGCAACAAUGCUCUCUCUUUGAGUGGGUUUCCCAAACACAAUCGUUAGGCGGACUGUUAAAAGGAAUUUAACACACUUUGCAAAGCGCGUUCUCGCUACAGCAUGAGUAGUUGAUAAACCGAUGUCUAAGUAAUAAUAGGCUAAAUAAUUAAGGAAAAUUUCCCGAAAAUCACCCACUCCUGGCUUCAUCCGUGAAGUGGUCUCGUGGAUUAAAGUUUACCCUGAUUGCAGCGGUUCUUCUAUGUUUCUGCACCGUUGGUUCUGGUGCACGAUUCUCUGAAGUGCAGCCAUUACGGUUUAGACAAUUCUCCACAAUGCAGGGGUGGCAAUGUUUUGGCCUUGUGUUUACAGUUUUACAGGUGAAUAAUUCGAUUAUCAUUUGCUUAUUAAAUGCAUUUAAUUGGAUAAAAAAUAAUCAAGUUAUAAACGUGACAUUGGCAUGUUCAAUUUAAUACAGUGUCAUUCCAAAUGAUAUUCAAAUACAAUAUUUAUUUUAUCGGUAUUUACUUUAAAUUUUUUACAAUAUUUACUCUGAGUAUACGUGAAAACGAAUGACUACGAGGCUGCUACACUUUACACAUGAUUCUAAAGCGCAUGUGUAUUGUUUGUGCUACCAAAGCCGACUGCUGCAAGAAGAAUCGUAAAGAGGUUCUUUGCUGCAAGCAAACUGAUCUAGACAACGCUUAAUCUACGAGUGAACUAAAGGGGCACUCGUUAUGAAUGUGUUUGGGAAACCCACGUUAUUUUAAGAAUGGUCGUAAGAGGCAUUUAAAGAGGUUCUCCGCGUCGAGCGGCUUUCGGGAAGGCCACCACAGAUGUACAGUAUUGGUGUGUUCAGAAUGACCGGUACCUGUGUGCUCACUGUAAGCAUACCUCUGUGCUGAUAGACCGUAACACCGUGCCCAUAGUGUAUUUUCACAGUGGUUUUAGUCAUGUGCCUGGUGCCCGGCUGGUGCAUGCAAUCCCUCUGGGAUCAAUAGACUGUGUUUGACAUUAUUGUAACAGUUUCGUAUUGUAGCUAAUGUGAAUAAAAAGGUUUAAUGAUAGGUCCCCAAAAAAGAGAAGUGAACAUAUUGGCAGGAUUGGUUGUCAGUGGCCCUGGUCAUCAGAGCGACCAAUGAAAAGCAGCCAGUGAAAAUCUCCCUUGUUUUUUGUUGCAUCCUUGUCAUGCUUCCCUGUUCAUCAUUUAGUAUCAACUCUUCUCACUAUAUCUGAAGGUUUUUAACUAUAAACCAUACACUUUAUAACAGUGCAGGCUUGUGAUGAACAAUACACAAGGGAGGUCACGGGAACCCUGCAGAACUAUUUUGAGAAUCAGGUAUGCACCGUCUCUUUUCUAUAUGUGCAUUUGUCUGGUUGGAAUACAAUACGUGCAUAACAGUGCACCUUUACUAUGUUGUAGUGCUAUGCUAUUGUUAUUGCUCAUUGUGUUUCAUCUGUCUGUUAAAGAUAAUUCCUCCAUCUUCUUCCUACAUGCUUACACGUACUCUCAUCCCCUCACUCUCUCUCUCCCCGUUCUCUUGGCCUUGCCCUUCCCAACCAGACACGAUUCAUUCAGACGCACGCGCGCACACACGCUCUGGACCAUGUCACACAAUUGGUACUUUUUUCUUUGCCUUACACAUUUAUGCGUGCGGACUGUGUGGGGUUUGUUUAUCGGGCCAAUUAAAAAGGAAAUCUUUUC